AUGGCGGGUCCGCCCAUCGAUAUGAAGUGGCUGUGUUAUAUUGUGAUCAUUAUGUGUCUCAGGUGCGAAGCCGCUAACAAACCUAGAAGAGGACGCGGCAGCAUGUGGUGGGGCAUAGCGAAAGCAGGCGAGCCGAACACUCUCUCGCCUCUUUCACCAGGGGUCCUAUAUAUGGAUCCGGCAGUCCACGCAACCUUGAGGAGAAAACAACGAAGGCUGGCUAGAGAGAAUCCUGGAGUACUUGCUGCUGUUGCCAAGGGAGCCAGUAUGGCUGUAGCAGAAUGCCAACAUCAGUUCAAAUACAGACGAUGGAACUGUUCUACCAGAAAUUUCUUACGAGGCAAAAACAUGUUUGGCAAAAUAGUCGAUCGAGGUUGCCGGGAAACAGCGUUCCUAUACGCGAUUACCAGUGCUGGGGUAACUCAUGCAGUGUCCCGAGCCUGUGCCGAGGGCGCGAUCGAAUCUUGUACUUGUGACUAUUCGCAUGUCGAUCGCGCACCGCAUCGCUCCCGAGCCGCCACCGCAGCCAAUGUCCGCGUCUGGAAAUGGGGUGGCUGCAGCGACAACAUCGGCUUCGGAUUCAAAUUCAGCAGAGAAUUCGUGGACACCGGCGAACGAGGCAAAACGCUGAGAGAAAAAAUGAACCUGCAUAAUAACGAAGCAGGCAGAAUGCACGUGCAAACAGAGAUGCGGCAGGAAUGCAAAUGUCAUGGUAUGUCUGGAUCUUGUACUGUGAAAACAUGCUGGAUGAGGCUACCAAGUUUCCGAUCUGUAGGAGAUGCGCUGAAAGAUCGUUUCGACGGCGCCUCAAGGGUAAUGAUGCCAAACACAGAAGUUGAGGCACCAGUGCAGAGAAAUGACGCGGCGCCCCACAGAGUACCACGAAGAGAUCGAUAUAGAUUCCAACUUCGGCCUCAUAAUCCAGAUCAUAAGACUCCUGGGGUGAAGGAUCUGGUGUAUUUGGAAUCAUCGCCAGGAUUCUGUGAAAAGAAUCCAAGGCUAGGCAUACCCGGGACGCAUGGACGGACCUGCAACGACACCAGCAUCGGAGUGGAUGGCUGCGACUUAAUGUGCUGCGGUCGUGGUUACCGCACAGAGACCAUGUUUGUCGUGGAACGGUGCAACUGUACGUUCCACUGGUGCUGCGACGUCAAAUGCAAACUGUGUCGCACAGAAAAAGUAGUACAUACGUGUUUAUAG